AUGGAGUUUGUGAGUCCAGAAGGCCUGAGACUUGAUGGAAGGCGACCCAAGGAGCUUCGUGCGCUGCGAUGUCAGCUUGGACCUUUACCACAGGCGGAUGGAUCAGCAUUAUUUGAGAUGGGUAACACAAAGGUGAUAGCUACCGCGUACGGCCCAAAGGUGGCAGACAAUCGUUCCCAGGCCCUGCAUAACAGAGCAAUAGUGAAGUGUGACUACGCUGAGGCAGCCUUCAGCACCGGGAAUCGGAGGCAGAGGCGAGGCCGCGGGGACAGGAAGACAACGGAGCUGGCUAGCACGAUCCGGAGCGCCCUGGAACACACUAUCCUUCUAGAUCUGUUCCCAAGGGCGCAGAUAGGAGUCAGCGUGCAGGUGCUGCAGGCUGACGGCGGCGUGCUGGGAGCAUGCAUCAAUGCCGCCAUGCUUGCACUUGCCAAUGCAGGCAUCCCCUUGCGGGAUAUGAUCGCGGCAACUUCUGCCGGCUACCUGGAGUCGACUCCGCUGCUGGACCUGAACUUCCUCGAGUCGACCGGGGCCGGCCCCGAGGUGACGCUGGCGCUGCACACAAACCUGGACAAGGUGGUGAUCUUGACAGAGGAUUCCACGAUCGCGGCGGAGCCCUUUGAGGCCGUCACAGAGCUGGCGCAGCAGGGCUGCAAGGCGGUCGCGCACUUCAUGCGCGCGCAGCUUCUGCAGCACGUGCAGACGGUUGCCACCGUGCGCGGACUGGCCGCCCUCUAG